AUGAACCGGAGCUCUGGAAAGGAAAGGGAAAGGUACGGUGAAGCAAGGCAUGACAACCAACCACCACCCGGUCUUCCCGAUGAGUACCCGAUUAAUCUUACAGAUACACUACCAGGUGAUCUACUAUUUCAGGACAUCACCGAUACCGAAGUUGCAGAAGCGAUAGCAGAUACAAGUAACACGUCAGCACCAGGAUUCUCACAACAGUCCUACCAACAAGUUAAGUGGGCUUUCCAAUCCCAGCGCGACAUAAUAACAACACUUUACAGGAGAUGCCUAAAAGCGGGAUACCACCCUCUGACAUGGCGCCAAGCCAUAGCGGUAGCUCUAAGGAAACCCCGAAAACCAAAAUUUUCAAAACCACGAGCAUACCGCCUAAUUACCCUCCUAGAGUGCUUAGGCAAAAUCCUGGAGAAGAUUGUGGCCCGUUGUCUCCAAUACUUA